AUGGGAGAGAAUGCACGAAAACAGGCCGCUACCGAAGCACUCAAUGAUAUGGUAAAAUGGUUCAAGGGGGAGAAUGGUACGGUUGCCAUAUUUGAUGCGACCAAUUCUACUCGGAGUAGACGCGAGUUCAUUCUAAAUUAUUGUAGGAAGGAGGACAUUCUGGUCAUGUUCAUAGAAUCCGUCUGUCAAGAUGAAAAUCUGAUCUUGCAGAAUAUCGUGGAUGUUAAGUUAUCCUCGCCCGAUUACAAAGACAUGGACCCCGAAAAGGCGGCCGAAGACUUCCGUGCCAGAAUCUCCCAUUACGAACAAGCCUAUGAACCAAUCACAGAGAGCGAUCUCACCUAUAUCAAGAUUAUCAACGUCGGAAGUCAGGUGCACGGCGAAAGCAUGUACAAUCUCAUGGGCAAAAUAGGAGGUGACUCGGAUCUAUCACCUCGCGGCAAGAAAUAUGCCCUCGCGUUGCCCAAACUCAUCAAAGAAAAAUUGGGUGACCAGCCGUUGACCGUGUGGACAUCAAUGUUAAAACGCACCAUGCAAACCGGCGAACAUUUGCCAUAUCCCAAGUUACAUUGGAAGGCACUAGAUGAGUUGGACGCCGGUUGUUGCGAUGGGAUGACGUAUGAGGAGAUCGAGGAAAAGUAUCCCGAGGAUUACGCUAACCGGGAUGAUGAUAAGUUCGAUUACCGAUACCGUGGUGGCGAGUCGUAUCGUGACGUCGUUUUACGACUGGAGCCGGUGAUAAUGGAGCUCGAAAGGCAACAGAAUAUCAUGAUAAUUGGGCAUCAGGCUAUAUUGCGUUGCAUCUACGCAUAUUUUCAUAACUUGCCUCAAGAAGAGUUGCCGUACAUAAAAAUUCCUCUUCAUACGGUCAUUAAGCUGACGCCCAAGGCUUACGGUUGCGAAGAGGAGAGAUAUAAAGUUGAAAUUGAUGCGGUGGACACCCACCGACCAAAACCACCGCCCAAACAAAAAACACUGGCGGCAGCAUGA